AGGCGGAAGUGUGCGCCGACCCAAGUGGGCGGGGAAAGACGAUCAGGCCCGAGCGGCUUGGCUUUCCUAACCUGACAGCCGCCAUUUCGGAGCUUACUUCCCGGUCCUCCUUUAUAGACCUCGCGCCUCCAGGCCCGGGAGCACCUGCCCCCGGCGCAGUCUGGCACCACUGGCUUCAUGGAACUGAGCUUCCCAGUGACGUCAUACCCGGAGACUUCCGGUUCCCGCUCUUGAGGUUGGAGUCUCUCUCACGUGCGGGCGUUUCCAGCAGUGGCUCCCGCAGUCUUUUAAUGGAAGGGCUGGUGCUCUGGGAGGAAGAUGCAGAACCAACAGCCUCCAUCCCUAUCCAGAGAUUAAACUCCAUGAAACCAUUGCAUUUGUGCCUUGUUACACAUGGGGAGAGCUGCUUGAGCACCUAGGCAGUUCUUCAGAUAGUCAUCAUGGGUAUUCGAGGACUAAUGAGUUUUGUGGAAGAUCAUAGUAAUGAGUUCUUCACUGAUUUGAAGUUGCGAGACACAAAAAUUGUCAUUGAUGGCUAUGCUCUCUUCCAUCGGCUUUGCUUCAACUCAAACUUGGAACUUCGGUAUGGAGGGGACUAUGAUUCUUUUGCAGAUGUUGCACAAAAAUUCUUUGAAUCACUGUUUGCUUGUAAUAUCUGUCCAUAUGUUGUAUUAGAUGGAGGAUGUGACAUUUCUGAUAAAAAGCUUAAAACUUUAAAGGAUCGAGCUAGAGAGAAGAUCCAGAUGGCUCAUUCCCUUUCUGUUGGUGGGGGUGGGUAUGUGUGUCCUUUACUCAUCCGGGAAGUGUUCAUACAGGUUUUGGUCAAGCUACAGGUGUGUUUUGUCCAAUGCUUUUCAGAAGCAGAUCGGGACAUUAUGACAUUGGCUAAUCAUUGGAAUUGCCCUGUGUUAUCAUCAGAUAGUGACUUUUGCAUCUUUGACCUAAAAACUGGGUUUUGCCCAUUGAAUAGCUUUCAGUGGAGAAAUGUGAACACUGCCAAAGGCACACAAGACUGCUAUAUCCCUGCCAAGUGCUUUUCCCUUGAUGCACUCUGCCAUCAUUUCAGCAAUAUGAAUAAAGCCCUACUGCCUCUCUUUGCGGUGCUAUGUGGAAAUGAUCAUAUUAAUCUGCCCAUCAUAGAGACAUUCUUAAGUAAAGUACGUCUUCCUCUUGGAGCUACCAGUUCUAAGGGGAGGAGACAUCACCGAGUUUGGGGACUUCUGAAUUGGUUAUCUCAUUUUGCCGACCCUACUGAAGCACUGGAUAAUGUUCUGGAAUAUCUCCCCAAAAAGGAUCGUGAAAAUGUUAAGGAAAUUCUCUGCUGUUCCAUGGAAGAAUACAAGCAAUCUCAGGUGAAGCUGCAGGACUUUUUCCAGUAUGGUACUUACGCCUGUCCAGCCGCCUUGAAUCUGGAUUUACCAGAAUGGGUAUUAGUGGCUUUGGCCAAAGGCCAGCUAUCUCCUUUCAUCAGCGAUGCUUUGGUGCUAAGAAGGACCAUUCUUCACACACAGGUGGAAAAUAUGCAGCAACCAAAUGCCCACAGAGUAUCUCUGCCCAUCCGGCAAAUCAUCUAUGGGCUUCUUUUGAAUGCCUCUCCACAUCUGGAAAAUAUGUCCUGGAAUGCAUUGCCUUCUCAGCCUCUAGCUUUCAGCGAAAUGGAAAGGAUUAAUAAAAAUAUCAAAACAUCGAUUGUUAAUGCAGUAGAACUGUCCAAGGAUCAUUCUGACUUAAGGAAAUUGACUGAGCUCCAGUCAUGAUCUCAGGGUCCUGAGAUCGAGCCCCGAGAAGGGCUCUGCGCUGGCUAUGGAACCUGCUCAAGAUUCUCUCUCUGCCCCUCCCUGCUCACAUCCUUGCUUGGGCUCACUCUCUCUCUCAGAAAAAUUAUAAAUAUGAAACUGCUUAUGCUAACACAAUUAAAUUUACAAAUUAAAUGCAGAUAAACACCAAUUGCAGUGCCUAUUGAGUUUUCUUAAAUUCAACUAAUAUUCAGAUUCAUGAGACUCUCAUAGACCAUUCCUGGUAGGUCUACUCAAGCAUGUAGGACAGCAGCUGUAGCUUCCCAGCAGUUUGAAUCAGGAUUUUCUUUCUUGUGGAAGUUUUUGCAACGGUUUCCACCAAUGGUUCUCCACUGGGAUGAUUUGUCCCCCUACCUCCCACAGGGGACAUUUGGCAAUGUCUGGAGACACUUUCGAUUAUCACUACUUAGGUGGUUGGGGGAGGGAGGGGCCGAGCAUGCUGCUGAACAUCUUAAAAUGCACCGGACAGCUCCCCCAAGAACAAGCAUUAUCCAGCCGAAAAUGUAGUAAUGCCAAUAGCUGGCUUACUCUGUUGGCUAGGGACUAAAUUCUUUGAUCUUCCCACUAGUGCCAGCUCAGGCAGGAGGAAAUGAGAUCCACAUCAGGUGGGUAUCAGUGCCUCUUUAGCAAUGAGGAAUGACUGCUAAUGGGAACAGUGUUUCUUUUGGGGGGUGCUGAAAUGUUCUGGAAUUAGUGAUGGUUGCACAAGCUUAUAAAUAACACUAAAAUCAGUUUAGGGUUUCAGAGGACAGGGGGUUGGGGAGAUGGGGUUAACAGGGUAAUGGGUAUUAACAGGGUAUAUCACAGUGUUGUGAUGAGCACUGGGUGUUAUAUGCAACUAAUGAAUCACUGAACGCUACAUCAAAAACUAAUGAUGUACUAUACAGUGGCUAACUGACCAUAAAAAAAUUAAAAUUAAAAUAAAAGGGUGAAUUUAUAACAUGUGAAUUAUAUCUCAGUUAAAGAAAGAAAAGGUCUCACUGGCCUCCUUCCCCCUCCUUUUUUUGUAACAAUUCCAUAAACAUAGCUUCCAGGCUCCCUGCAGGGCCAUGCCUAAUUAUAGGUCACUGUGCUCAAUGAAGCCCCAUGAUAUGAUAUCCCCAUUUGGUGUUUACAGUUCAUUUAUAGUUCAAAUCUAGAUGCAGUUUUACAAGAGUCAUUAUUACCAUGCUAAGUAAAACAACUAACUUUAUCACGUUUCCAGGGUUACAGAAGUAGAAAGUUGAGCAUAGGUCAAAUUCCAAACAGAGGGAUUAAAACUUUACCCAUACCAAUAAAAUUGAAAUUAGCAACAUUCUAAAUGAUGGUAUUUUGUUAAAAUUAUUUCUCCUCACAACAUAAAUGGUGCUGUGUUGGAGAGUUUUUCAAACUUUUUAUACAGGCGCCUGGGUGGCUCAGUAGUUAAGCA